AUGCCGACUCCCCUGAUGACGGCCACAAACGGGACCGGUGCUCUCAAGUCCCCGACCGCCGUCAAGAACCAACGGCAGGGCAGCUUCGGCCGUGACGGCGCCCUUGGCCCGCCGCAAAAGGCUCGACAUCUGUCGCAGUCAUCCGAGAAUAGGCCUGAACAUGGUUCAGUGAGCAUGCAGAAAGACGACAGUGAAGACAGCGUGAAUCCCCUGAAGCGGAGAAACACCGACGCCGGCGUUGACUACCCACGGAGAAGAGCCACCAUCGCCUGCGAGGUCUGCCGCUCCAGGAAAUCGAGAUGUGACGGCACCAAGCCGAAAUGCAAGCUCUGCACUGAGCUCGGCGCUGAAUGCGUCUAUCGCGAGCCGGGCAUCAAGCUCGAUGCCGGCGACAAGCUGAUUCUCGAGCGCUUGAACCGCAUCGAGAGCCUACUCCAGAUAAACAUCGUGAACCAGUCAAACGGCAUCAACAUCGGCCAGGGCUCGCCUAACCUGAGUAGUGGCACCACCGCCCUCAGUGGGGAGAAUCUGCUGGUGCAGAGCGCCAGCGGGAACUUUGGGUCCGUCCUCCUCAGCGGUGGCAUAGGGACCUGGGCCCCCAACGGUACCAACAUCUCGACGAUGCCCAAGAUUCACACCAAUGCUGCCCUCCAUCUCUUGCAAUGGCCUCUGAUACGUGACCUGGUCUCUCGCCCUUAUGACCCCCAAAUACUGCUCCAGCUUGAAAUGGCCAGAGAACCAUUACACUCUCUGACCAAGACCCCUUGCGUCGACCUCUCCAAUACGACAGCCUACAUCGAGGCAUACUUUGAACGAGUCAACAUCUGGUAUGCCUGCGUGAAUCCAUACACCUGGAGGAGCCACUACCGACUCGCACUUUCCAACGGGUUCCGCGAGGGCGCAGAAAGCUGCAUUGUUCUCCUAGUCCUCGCCCUCGGUCAGGCAAGCCUCCGGGGCAGCAUCUCCAGGGUGGUGCCGCAGGAGGAUCCCCCAGGACUGCAAUACUUUACUGCGGCCUGGGCGCUGCUGCCGGGCAUGAUGACAUCCAACAAUGUGCUCGCCGCGCAGUGCCACCUGCUUGCCUCUGCCUACCUGUUUUACCUUGUCCGGCCUCUUGAGGCCUGGAACCUGCUGUGCACGACCAGCAACAAGCUCCAGCUACUCCUCAUGUCGCCAAACAGAAUCCCGCCCGACCAGAGGGAGCUCACGGAGCGCAUAUAUUGGAAUUCCUUGCUCUGUGAGAGCGAUCUAUUGGCAGAGCUCGAUCUUCCACACUCGGGGGUGGUUCACUUUGAAGAAAAUGUCGGUCUGCCAGGCGGUUUCGAGGGCGACGAGAACGAAGCCGUGGGGCGUGAUGACCUUUGGUAUUUUCUCGCAGAGAUAGCGCUACGGCGGCUUUUGAACAGAGUCAGCCAGCUUAUCUAUUCCAAGGAUUCUAUGGCUACCACCACCAGCCUCGAGCCUGUUGUGGCCGAGCUCGACUUCCAGCUGACCCAGUGGUACGAGAGUCUGCCACUUCCACUGCAGUUCCCCUUCGCUCGGACGAUGCUGCCGGAUCCAGUACAAACAGUACUACGCCUGCGAUUUUUCGCCUGUCGCACAAUCAUAUACAGACCAUACAUUCUAGCCGUUCUGGACAACGAGCAGGCUGUGUUGGACCCUGCAGUACGCGACAGCUGUCACAAAUGCUUGGAAGCUUCCAUCCGCCAGUUGGAGCAUAUCGCUGCCCACCAUGCCGGACAUAUGCCGUACCUUUGGCAAGGGGCACUUUCUAUUGUGUCUCAGACGCUACUGGUGAUGGGAGCUACGAUGUCACCAUCCCUCUCCAAUAUUUUGAUGGCGCUGGUCCCCCACGGAGACAGCAUCGAUCGCAUCAUCAACGAGGUCGUUAUGGAAAUUGAGCGAUAUGCGGUUCUGGCUCCCAGCCUAAGCUUGGCUGCAGAGAUCAUCAAAGAGGCUGAGGUUCGGAGGAGAACGUUCCUAAGUGGCUGA